CUAGUAUACUUGAGGAACUACAACUAGAGGUCUACGCACGACGCCAUGCUGAAAAGAGCCAUGGCUAUUCUGAAGCUGGAGGAGUACCGACAGAAGAUCCGCACAGAGCUGAACAACGUGAUGGACUUCUGGCUUAAGUACUCCCAUGACACCGUCUACGGCGGCUUCUUUAAUUGUAUCGGAAAGAACGGAAAGGUGUACGAUGAACUGAAGUAUGUCUGGCUGCAAGGUAGACAGGUGUGGAUGUACUGUCGCCUGUACAGAACACUGGAGCGUUUCCACAGGCCUGAAAUCCUGGAAGCAGCCAAAGCCGGAGGGACGUUCCUCAGGAAGUUCGCUCGUGUUUCUAGCGGCAGUGGUCAGUGGAAGUGUGCUUUCUGCCUGACACGAGACGGUCAAGCAGUGAAAGUACAAAGGACCAUAUUCAGCGAGUGUUUCUACGUCAUGGCCUUAGACGAACUCAGCCGAGUCACCAGAGACGAGGACAUGCGGAAAGAGGCUGAACAGAUGAUGGCGCAGCUCAUCUUCUGGGUUCGGGUUGACCCAAAAGGUCUGGGUCGACCCGAGCUGGCCGGAGACACGCCCACCAGCAGCAUGGCUGUUCCCAUGAUGCUGCUGUGUUUAGUGCAGCAGAUCACAGACAGCCGGGAGCAGGACGUUGUGCUAAAGUACAUGGAGCUGGGCAGCUGGUGUGUGCAGCAGAUACUCCAACAUAUUCAGAGGGGGGGCACAGCUAUCUUAGAGAACGUGUCGCCGGAGGGAACAGAGUUACCAGGCUGUCAAGGCCGGCUGCAGAAUCCAGGCCACGCCCUGGAAGCAGGCUGGUUCCUGCUGGAGCACGCCAAGCAAUCGGGAGACCAGCAGCUGCAGGCCACCGCCAUCCACAAGUUUGUGGAGUUACCCUUUAAAUGCGGCUGGGACCGAGAACAUGGCGGCCUCCUCUACUUCCUGGAUGUGGAUGGCCACUGCCCCACACAGUUGGAGUGGAACAUGAAGCUGUGGUGGCCUCACUGCGAGGCUCUCAUCGCCUUCCUCAUGGCCUACAGCCGCACCAAAACGCCACACCUGCUGGAGACCUUCUCUCAAGUGUUUGAAUACACCUUUAGCCACUUUUCUGAUGGCCACAAUGGUGAAUGGUUUGGCUACUUGUCGCAAGAUGGCAAAGUCGUACUAGAUUUUAAAGGAGGCCCCUUUAAGGGACCCUUCCAUGUUCCUCGCUGCCUGUAUUUGUGUGAAGGUCUUCUGGAUGAUCUGCUGAAGAACACAGCUUGACCUUUCCUCACCGUUAUGCUUUUCUUUGUCUUUUUACAAUCAGAGGGAACAACAAAGCCAGAAUCUUUUUUUAGGCAUCUUAAAUAUGUAAUUGUAUGAUUAAAUAACCCCCCGCCCCCUCACCCCUGAUGACUCAUUUAAAGAUGGGAAACUGUUUUUUUAUUUUUUUUUAUUUUAUUGUUGAUUAACGAUAAAUAAAUCAGCUUAUCAAAUCAGAUCAAAUCAAACGUUAUUUAUAUAGCACUUUUCAUGCACAGGCAAGUGGCAAACACAAAGUGUUGUACAAAACUAAACAAAAAUAAUUAUAAUAGAAGAAAAGUGGAAAACACACACAGCACUACUGACAAUAGGUAUAACACUGAAGAUUUGAGGAAAUUUUUAGUUAUUCUCCACACUGGAGAAUAACUAAAAUGAACGCCAUUUAAAAACAUAUAUAGUAUAAAACAUCUGAUAAAAUAUAUGUAAAAAAUACAAUCUAUUAUAAUAAUUCAAUUAUAAUCUAAAUAUUACAUCAUUAAGUUAAUAAAAAAACAUAUUAUUGAGAAAAUAAUAGUGUAAAUAUUAUUGAUUAAGAUAGAAAACAACACAAUAAAAUAAUUAAAAAAAACAGAUGAUCAGUAAAAAGCCUGAUUAAAAAGGUGUGUCAUUAGCCUUUUUCUGUUUUUAAUUUAAACGCUAUCUGCAGCCCUGAGGACCUUAGGGUUGAUACGGUAAAAAAAAAAAAAAGCAGGUCAAAUAGAUAAGAAGGCGAAUGGCCAUUAAGAUAUUUAAAAACUAAUAGUACAACUUUAAAAUCCACCCUGAAGCGGACGGGGAGCCAAAGCAGCGACUUUAAAACUGCUGUAAUGUGCUCCCGCCCUCUGGUCCUCGCCAGCGUGUAAGUAUACAAAAAUAACAAAGCAGUUAUCAUGUUGCCAUGGAGAGAAAGUGAGCACCACAAGAAAAACACUCAAACCUUAAAAAAUAUAUAUUUGUUAUUUUACCUGUAAAUACUAUACGUCCAAGGCUAUGAGUUAGACAUGACUGCACUUAAGCCGCAUUUUCAUCAUUUAUUGAGAGACACAUCCAGGAUGUUUAUUAACCCACGACACAUUGUUACGAUACAAUCAAACAACAAAAUCUGCAACAAUCAAAGACUUCAAAUAUGUUUUAUUGACAAACAUAUUAAGUGGAGAGCCCCUCCUUAU